AUGGUCCGACCCACAGCUUCUGACCACAACAAGAGCAUUGGCUUGCUCUUCGCUAAGACUAUUCUCGCGAAAGCAAGCCCCUCCUCGUACGUCUGCAGAAGCGGAUGUUGGUCCAUCUACUCCGUGCUCAAGGCCUGCUGCCCUUCCGUGAUCCGUAGCGACGACCCCUACACGGGACGGAGCGGGAUGACGGAGAUGGAGUUCAGCAAGGUGCUGGAGAAAAGCGGCAUGAAGAAGGUCCGAGCGAGGAAGACGAUGUUCAAGCGCGACGACGACCGGUGGAGCUCGUAUGUGCGGUACCUGUACGCGGGAUGGAGAUGGAGGAGCCCCGCAGAGCCUGAGGAUCGCGAGGAGCUGGUGCGAGGCUGGGAGCAGAUUGCCAGCAUCUCGGGGCCGUUUGCGAGGCAGUGCCCGCUUGAUCGGUUCCUGGACAUCUGCGAGCUUUCCCGGCACGAGUGGGAGCAGUUCACGGGGGUCGUGCCAUGCCGAGACACGGAGGGCGACGUCAAGGACGAAGAGCUUGGCUGGGCAGGAGACGCCUCGAGGAAGCGGCCGCGGGAGGCGACGAUGUUUGAGGAGGAAGAGGAGUACGGGGAGGGGUUUCACAUCCCGCUGGGCAUGGAAGGGUGGGACGAUGGCGAGGAGAGGAGGGAGAAGCGGGCAACCUACACGGACAUCAGGAGGGAGGAAGGAGAAGGGGAGGAUGGGCAGAGGGCGAGGGGGGUAUGCGAGGAGAUCGAGGAAGCUCUGGCGGAGGAGAAGGGCAUCGAGCCCAGGGACAUCGCGAGGCUUUUCUCAGAUGAAGGUGGACAUUCCCUUUUGCAUUCCGGCCCAGCAUUCUUCGUAGAUUUGAAAUGGUAA